UACGAUUUACUAAUCGAAUUAAAUAUCGAUAAAGGAUGGCGGGAGAGUGAGGCGAAUAACCGAUUUGUAGAAUUGCGGUAGAGUAGUAGUGGCAAAUGGGUGGGCGUCCAUCUUGAAAAUUGCGGAAUUUGAGCCGGUUUAGUUUUGUAAAAGUGUAUUUUGUAGCUUUGACUUCACCUUAAUCCAUAGUUUUCAAGAACUUUCAUAAAUGCUGCAAAUAAUUGCCGUUUAGAAUAGGAUUAACUGCAGUAAUGUGUUAGUAUCAUUACUCAAGACAUAUGCGAUUUCCGGAAAGAGUAUCGCUGAUAGAACCUUAGGUUGGCAGAGGUAUAGUACGAUGGCAGUGCCUAGUAGAGCCCGGGUCUAUGCCGAUGUCAACUCACAGAAGCCACGAGAAUAUUGGGACUAUGAAAGCUAUGUGGUGGAUUGGGGCAACCAAGAGGACUACCAGUUGGUCCGUAAACUCGGGCGUGGUAAAUACAGUGAAGUAUUUGAGGCAAUAAAUAUCACAAAUAAUGAGAAAUGUGUAGUUAAAAUAUUGAAGCCUGUUAAAAAGAAGAAGAUUAAAAGAGAAAUAAAAAUAUUAGAAAACCUAAGAGGAGGCACAAAUAUAAUAACAUUACAAGCAGUAGUUAAAGACCCUGUGUCACGUACCCCUGCACUCAUUUUUGAACAUGUGAAUAAUACUGAUUUUAAACAGUUAUAUCAAACUCUUUCAGAUUAUGAUAUAAGGUAUUAUUUGUAUGAACUUCUGAAAGCACUAGAUUACUGCCACAGUAUGGGCAUUAUGCAUAGGGAUGUGAAACCACAUAAUGUUAUGAUUGAUCAUGAUAAUAGAAAGUUGCGUCUUAUUGACUGGGGGCUAGCAGAAUUUUACCACCCAGGACAAGAGUACAAUGUUCGUGUUGCUUCUAGAUACUUUAAGGGUCCUGAAUUAUUGGUGGAUUAUCAAAUGUAUGAUUACUCUUUAGAUAUGUGGUCAUUAGGAUGCAUGUUAGCAUCUAUGAUCUUCCGUAAGGAACCAUUCUUCCAUGGUCAUGACAAUUAUGAUCAACUUGUGCGUAUUGCGAAAGUGCUGGGCACUGAAGAGCUAUUUGAAUAUUUGGAUAAAUAUCAUAUAGAAUUGGAUCCUCGGUUUAAUGAUAUACUUGGCAGACAUUCACGCAAACGAUGGGAAAGAUUUGUUCAUUCUGAAAAUCAACAUUUGGUUUCACCCGAAGCACUAGAUUUCCUGGAUCGUCUUCUGCGUUAUGAUCACUAUGAGCGUUAUACUGCUCGUGAAGCAAUGGAUCAUCCUUACUUCUAUCCAAUUGUAAAAGAACAGGGUCGAAUGGUGUCCUCUAAUUCUCCCACUCCUAAUGCAUUGCAAGGACCAAUAAAUGCUGCAGAAUAACUGUUACAAAGGGCCAGUAAUGUGCUGUAUUGCUAUGUAUUGAAUAUAUACCUGUACAAGAUUCCAGAUGAGACUUUGUAACAUAAGAACUAAUAACCAAGAGCCCACUGACUGUGUAAAUAUCUACACUAGGAACACAGUGAAGAGUACCAUCUCUAUGCUACUGACAACUUUAUAUAAUUCCAAUGUCUGAUCAAUGAAAAUAUAAUUUGGAAAGACAAUAUAAUUUAGUGUUUAAUAUUAGUAAAUCUGGUUUAUGCAUUGUUUUAAAAGUGUUUCUCUUGGAUAUAAAAUGCUGAAAAAGUCCGUGACAUGAUCAUGUACUGAUGCUGUUACUUUGUGAGUAUUUGGUGUGGUGGGUGGGUUUAAAUUUGUCUCAGUGAAUUUUUUUUUACAUGAAAUUCAAUAUUUAUUAUUGACAAACAAGAUAUCUUGAGUUUCAUUGCACUUGAUCUUUUGCAUUUAUUAACCUAUGGUAUUGAUAUUGUAAUUACUUGUAUAAUAUAAUAUUGAUAACAUCUGCAUACCACUUGCAAGUACUGGUUGGUUAGCAGCUUUUCGUUGGUACUCUAAUUAAAAUUUUGUAUUUAUGUAAUAAAAGUAAAAUGUAGAUAUGUGUGAUAUAAAUACAAAAUUUUAAGAUUAUUAAGUAAUCGUUUUCUUUAUUACAUAUUUUUAUAGGAAACCAGUAACUUCUUAUUAUUAGAAAAUGUCAGUUUAAAUAUUGUUUCUAUUAGUAUAUUUUAGCAAGUUACGUUAGCUGUUUAUACAUAAUAUACCUAGCUAAAAUCAAUUAAUUCUUCAAUUUGAAGAUGAGCCUCAUUGAUUAUAAUUUAUUUUUAGUGUGAUAACUCGAAGUUGUUGCAUCAAAAUUUUCUUAAUAAACAAUACUAACUUUUGCCUGGAAAUGUUUUCGAUUAUUUACAUUUGGAUAUUACGUUCGUAGUGAAAAGAUCCCUUCUGUUCUUUAAACAAAAUAUGUAUGUUACUGUUUUUUGCAUUGCUUGUAAUCCACCUACAAUGUUGUACCUCUGUGGUACAUACCAACUAUUAUACAAAUAUUUGUCAGUUUAUUCGUUUUCAUAUUUUAGCACUGUUGAUGACAAGAUGCAACUGAUUGUAAUAUGCAUUAGCCCUAGCCUUUUACGGCCCUUGACACAGUCAAGUGGUUUGAUUAAGGUAUAUUUAGGUUUGUAAGUUUAGGUCAGAUCAUUUACAAUGGAUACGUUUUAAUUUAACAAGACAUUAAGUAAUAAAUUAUUUAUUUAUAUUCAAUACUAAAGUCCUUUAUGAGUUUGAAAUUUGUGUUAACUUCUAUUUUUGUUAGUUUUUCAAAUGGUCUUCUUUAGGCGUUCGGACUCUUGAAUUACGUUUGAACAAAUAAACUUAUUCAAAAGCUCUCAAACUUCGUCGUCUAGAACGUAAAAUUGAAUUGUAUUAUCAAAUGGAUUGAUAGAAACCUCGUCGGAGGUUUUUUAAAACUAGUUAAAUAAGCAAGCAACGUAUACUACAUAAAAUUGCAACCAAAAUGCCUCGUAAAAUCGAUUGAAAUAGUAUGUUAAUGGGCAUUAACACUAUUUCGGUCGAUUGUAGCGACACUCGAUGAUAAAAGUUUAGGGUCCUACAAUAUUGAAAAAUGUCUAAAAUAAACAUUUUGUAGUAUCUAUAAUUACAAUAUUAUGUGACAAUUAAAUUGCAUUUGGAUAUUAAUUUGCCUUAGUCUCACUGAAUGAUAAAAGAUUAAUUUUUACAAGGUACUUACUACAAUGACAUGUUCUUACAAUGCGAUUAAUUCGUAAAAUAAACGCCGCGGUGACGUUGUUCCGAAUAGACUAUAUAGUGCAGAAAACUAUCAAUCUUCUGUGUAAUAUAUGAAUUUUAAAUUCAAAAGUACAGAUGAGGUAUCGAAACUGGGUCAGUGUUUUAUAUUUUUUAAUACUUACUAGAAUUUAUAUAUAAUACUCUUCGCACUGAAAUGUGUAAAAUCGCCUAUCUACCUACUAUAGAAAUCAAUCGUUCGUGUAAAAGACGCGACAAAUCUCUUAUUAGAUUUAUUAAAUCUAUAUCCACCAUGUAUAUACAAUAUCAUCACUGUAUUUUAUUGUGUAAUACGAAUGCCCAUGUCUUCGUCUAUUUAGAAUUAGUACUUCGAGUAAUCUAUUUUUGAUUGUUAUAAGGAGUUUUCUGUUUCCCAUUUGAGAUGAUUCGUCAUAUUUUUAUUGUCUUCCAGAUUAUUUUUGAGAUAAAACCUAAAAAGUAAUAUAUCUAUCCACGUAUUUUCUAAGGAUAAUUGAGAUUCGUUUGGCGAUUUUUUCAUAAAGAACUUUUUACUUUCGAUUUUGUAAUAUACAAUACAAAUAUAAGUAGUCGCUAAAUAUACAUGAAGAUUAUCUACUAUUGGGAGACUUUUUCAAAGUAAUAGAACCUAAAAUAAUGACAUUUAGAAGUAUGGCUGUUUGUCUGUGGGAGCUAAUCUCAGAUACGGCUUAACCGACUUAGGUGCUGUUUUCAUUUGUAUUGAGUAUACAUAGAUUAUAACAUGUAUUGUGGUAAGCUUCACUUAAAAAAUAGUGUUUCAUUAAAUUACAAACAAAAAAGUUUGUACGAAGUUGCGGACUCGGCUAAUGUAUAGAUAUAUCUCGGUACGUAUAUAAAAUGGUAUCGUUGCCUAUAUUAACUAGUUCCGAUUAUUACUGUGUGGUAUUUGAAAUUCAUUUUGCAUGAAAAUCUAGAAAAACGGACAAGACUCCCUAUCUUACACAGUGCAGUAACAUUAUAUUUGUUAUGUUAGUUAGUCUGAACAUUUCUAAGUACAUUAAGGUUCGUCAGCAUUACACCGUGUAUCGAAAUACAUAUAUGUGAAUAAAAUGAAAUUUUUUGAUAUUUUUACAUAUGAUGUGUGUAAUACUGUUAAACCAUUGCGCAGUA